UGCUGAAAACAUUUCUGACUCAAUAAGCAAACCAUUCAAAACAUUCCAGCAUGUCUACUAACAAGGAAAAGAUUCCAUCUAUGACAAAAGGAGAGGACAAACAAAUCAAUGAGACCUUUUCCACAGCACUUGUCAGCAGGGACAAUACUGAGCUCCCUGAACUGAAAGACAAAAGCCAUCAAUUAGAACAUGCAAAGACAAUUUCCGCACCUUUACGAAGUGAUUUUAUCCCAGAUGAGAUUUUUGUUGCUCUGACUUCUGCUGCAAAUCCUGUCCCUUGCCCCGCUGUUUUGCGACCUCCCCAGAAAACAAAAGGCAUGAAAGACUUUAAGGGUAACAUCCGCUCUGCCGAUGGAGUCUGGCAACACCCUAUUCGCAGAAACAAGUUUCGAUACCUGAUACAACAUCCCAUCUGCCUGACAGGAGCAGGAAGGGAUGUUUCCUUCUUGUAUGAUGUUGUUGCUGGAAAAGAUGGAAGGAAUCCCCCUCCAACGCGUGAAUCCAAAGCUUUGGGAGUUUUGCAGGAAGAAGACCUUGCAGUUCAACCUUCACCAAAUAUAGCAGAUACUCUUGUGCCAGAGGAAUUUCAUAUUGUAAAGAACAGAGGUGUCCUGGGAUUGGAGUAUUAUGAUGAUAAAUACACAACAUUACUUGAAGACGCGGAGAACAGGCUACGGGUUUUUCCUUCCAUGAAACCAUCUGGGCGACUAGAAGUUCUGCAAUUGAUGAAGGUGAUGGACAGCAUGCUGGAAAAGGCUGGAAUAGAUAAGGAGGAUGUUGCAAUAACAGGGCUUUCACAGAUGCAUAAUGUCUUGGAAGUGUUAAAAGUGGAACAGAACAUCUACAACAUCGUAUUUCACGAAAUCAUCAGACAAGUCAGCGUGGAGUGUGCAGAACGAGGGGAACUUCUUUCCAGGCUCAGACAAAGAUAUGUUGAAUUGCUAGAACGGAUUCCUAGACAGAUGAAGAAUCUGUACAAAGAGAUGAUGGCACAGAGAGUAAUGGACAAACACAUCACAGACGAGUUAUUCAAUUUCAAAGAAGCAAUAGGACAGCUGACAAGGGAGCUGAAUACUAUUCGAGAACAUGACCGCAAAGCAACUCUUGAAGCAGAAAAGGCCUAUGAGGAGCUGUCAAAGGCCAUACAGGCUUCUGAGAUGAAUGCAAACUUUCUGGAUGAAUAUCGUCAACUGUAUGAAUUGCAGAGAAGAAGACUUGAGGCUCAGAUUCAACAGUUAACCUAUGAGAAAGAACUAUGGAGCAGUGCUGCAUACGAUUUGGCCCUCAAGGUGAUGGAAAAGAAUAAGAUGAUCUUGUCCCGCAGAAUGUAUAGCAGUGAAAAAACAUGGCAUAAAGUCAUGAGGCAUAUCAUAAUGCUUUUGGAAUCACAGGAUGCUACUGAUCUUUCAAUUCUGCAGCAGCUGACACUGGAGUACCGAGAGCUCUUGACCCAAAUUGGCAUAAAAGUGGGCCAGACUGAAGAAACUUGCAGGGAUAGGGCAAGAAGUGUUCAGAAUGGUUUGACUGGAUGGCUAAAUUACUUCAAUAAUCAUGUUCUUGGGAAAGGAAAUUACAAUUCCGAAAAGGGACUCUCUUUGCUGGAUGAAAUCCUUGUGGAUCUCAAAGCCUGGGAAAAGAUACUGACUGAGGAGUUGGCUCUGUAUGGAGGGGAAAUGCUUCUAGUGAGACAAGAGCCCCUCAAAACAGCUGCCAAUCUACAAAAACAGUGGGUGGACUUGGGACUUGCUGUACUUGGCCGCCACAAAGAUCUCCAUGGCAAGAUGCCUCCGGAGUUGAAAAAGCUGGAAGAAAUCAACAAAAAAUCCAAUACGCUUUGUGAAGAGUACCGCAGAAGGAUGGGCGGGGAGAACGGGUCUGCUAGGAUUUUAACAGGUUUGCUUCACAGUUUAGAGGACUGGACAUUUAAGCUGGUAACUGCCAAGCAGAAGGGUGAAAUGCACGAAUCUGGCUGGAUAAAAUUUUUCCAAAGUGUUUCUGAAUGGGUGGUCCAGAUAGAUGAUGUCUUGAAAUGGAUUGGUACCAGCAACACACCCGAAGAACGAAAGCAAAGCUCAAUUAAGUUUAUGCUGGUCGAACCAGAAGAAUUGUUCAAGAAGAUUCAGCAUUGGAUCCUGACAACAACUAGUGGUUCUGAAAGAGAAACUGUUCAGCUCACAAAGGAACUGACUGACUUCCAUAAUGCUCUGAGCAAGUGGAUGGCGAGCUUGUUGAUUCACAUGGUGCCAGACUUCAUUUCUCACAACACUCUCCCCUUAACUGAAGCUGAGGCUGCAAGGCAGGCAGAACAGAAGUUGUUAAACAUUUUCAAUUUGGAAGUAGAAGCCAAAAGUUUAGCUGCGAAAUUAAGCAAAUUCUCCUGUUACAUCGUCAGCUGUUGCAAGGAGAUGGUUGCAUCAAUAACACGCAAGAAAAUGGCUGAUUUUGAUCCGGAUGCAGACCACGAGCUGCAACAGUUGGAGAAGAUCAAAACAGAGUGCCUGGACUGGAUUGAAACUUGCAACCUUCUUUUGUCUGAUAUGAAGACUUCUCCUACCACCUUAAUCACCCAACAAGAACUGGUCAGCAUGUUUGGAUCAGAGGCAGUUAUGUCAAAACGACCGCUGCCACCUCGUCCAGAGACUUCCCUGCAGAGCUCUUCCUUCUUUCGAACCGAACAGGUUUCAAAGGAUGACAAGACAGUCCAAGAAGCUGGUUUGAAGAAAGAAGUGGAAAAGCCAGAAACACUGGAAUCAGAGGAAGCACCACCUGUGCCUGACACCAGCACUGGAGAUCAAACCGAAAAUGUUGAGAUUAUUCACCCAAUAAGAUAUGUUGGUGAUGAUGCUAAUGUGUACACUAAGCCUCUGGAUGUGGAAGAAAUUACAGUCUCAGGGAGGGAGUUAUAUGCCAGCAAGUGGACCACCGAAUACUCAAGAAAGGAAUUCGAGAUGCUGGCUUCACUGGAAAUUCUGGAAGACCGGCUUAUAGAGGCUGAAAAGCGGGCACAGCAAGCUGAGGAAAAAUCUGAAGUCCUUCAUGAGGAGUUGGAAGAAGCCCUGGCAAAAAUCCAAGAUCUGGAGAGUGAGGACAAACUAAAGGAUGACGAGGAAGCAGAGGUUGAGAAAGAAGUACCUUCUAAAAGAAAGUUUGAUACAUCCAAGCCUGAUAAAACGCCCCGCGUUAAGAAAUCCACCAAAUCUAAGCAUUGAAGAUAAUGGUUGCAGGAAUACCUCUGAUUCUUGUGCAUGGCACAAUAUGUGGGUUGCAAAUAUCUGGAGUUUGAGGGUGAGAAUUUCUGUUCUAUAUCAGUACAUACAUGGGCAUGAGCUUGCUGAACAUUC